AUGGAACCGCAUCCAGAUACAGUCGAUCAACUCUUCGAUCUGCUUCCUGAUCCCCAGAUUCACUUGGAUCUUGGCGAGAGGGAAGAGCUCCCGCAGAAGUACUGUGAUGGAAUGUACACCUUCUUCGCCUCACUUACGCAUCACAAUUGGCCAGACGGUGAUCUCAACCAUCUUCGAGAUCAUGUCAAAUGGCAGUCUGCGAACAGCAUCAUGGACUUGCAGAUGUUCUGUUCACAACUGGCACGGUGUGGACUAACGCGGCCCCUGUCGAUUGACGCGGGUGCCAAGAAGGAGCGACAGCUUGCAUAUUGGGCCUGGAUCGCCAAAGGCAGAAGAGAUGAGGAAUGUCCAUUGAAAGCGGCCACAAGACUCUCCGGAAACUACGAGGCCGAAGAGCCUGUUCAACAUAACCUGCUACCUGAAGGCAGUGUAGUUCCGGCACUUUGUGCGGCAUGUGGUAGCCCCGAUGCUACAAAAAAGUGCAAGGGCUGUCUGAUAAAGCAUGGUGAUCAUAUUACAGCUGCUACUGUAUACUGCAACGCAGCCUGCCAAACAUUACAUUGGAAGACACACAAGGCGGCUUGCAAAAUUCGAAAACAGAUGUAUCACGCCACGUAUCUGCUUGCUGAGAUUUACCGACAGCAGCUCCGAAGCACAAACAUUGUGAACUCCGUCAGCGUAUCAGAGGAGAACGGCAUCAUCACCAUAGAAGAAUGUGACCCAAAGCUAGACUUUCGAGGCAAAACAUUCUUCCAGCCAGUCCCGAAUAGCUCCAAUCUAUCCGAUACACAUCUUGAAGCCGUUUUAACAUUUGGGUGGUGUCAUAAUCUGGUUCAUGAAGUUGAUCCUCUCCUCGACCUUCUGAUCAAACCGCUUUGCAAAACAUUGGAGGAAGUCACAGUUGUUCCCAAGAAUGCCCACACCACAGUCUGUCGCCUGGAACAUAUGGGUAUUUACCGAUACAAUGGGAUGUGGCUACACAAGGUCAUUCGAGCAACUCUAAAAUCCGGAGAUCAAAUCGCUGUCGAUCUGACUGGAGCCCAAUAUGGAUGGUGCGAGGUUGCAACCCCCUGGGAGGCAUAUUGCAAGCACCGAGUUCACAGUGUUACCCAAAGUAUCACGUUCGACGUCGGCGCUCCUAGUCUAACCCCCGACAUGUUCCGUCAUCGAAUGGAGUACCUGGUGACUGAGGCCCGGAGAAAUCUAGCCUUGCACGUGACCCAAUUUUUGAUUGCAUGGAUGGCUUCGAAGAACAUGGCCACGGUGCGAGGGUUACUCAAAAUGACAACUAGGGAAUUUGAAGUUGCGUCAGAAGAGGUUGUGUCUCACGCGAAGGAUAUUUUUGAAGAGCUGCGCAAAGCAUACCUCCAAGAUCCACAGUACCGGCACUGA